GUUGCCAAUCUCCCAUCCAGCGCGUCCCCGGGUGGUGGAUAGGGGAAUGCUUCCCAUUUAUGGGUGGUACCGGUCAAAUGAAAUAGCCGGCGCGAACCAAAAUUGGCACCUGGACGGACUCUUAAUGACGAAAAUAGCUAGUACAAGGACAAACUCUUUUUUUUUUUGAAAAAUAUGGCAGACACAAUGAAAACAGUAGAGACUACUGAACAGGGGUUCGGAACUCCCCCAGUUCCGGUCGGUGACGAGAGUGCGAAAGCAGGCCCUCCCCGACCGUCAUCCAACGACUGCAAUGAUGAGAUGGAGACAGAGUGUACUUCGGUAGGGAACCAGGCCGGUACCUCUGGAAUUAUUACUGGAACAACAGAAAAGGAGGUCUUUGACAGAAAAGACAAAGUAUCUAGAUCGCCCAGCUUAGGACGAAAAGUAGCUGGAAGUAAAUCUGAAGGAUUUGGGAUGUUCGAUAGACAGAAAUCUAAUUCACUCAGUCUUGAAAAGAUAUUCAGGACUAGCAUAGUUAGUGGCAGCACUAAGAGGAAAGCAACAGAAGAGAGCGGCGGUAAUAAUAUAAACGAGGUAAAGGACAUCAUGGAAAAACUGGUUAAAAUAUCUUCCGAAUUAAUGCAGAUAAUUGGGUACAACGCUAAUACCAAAAUGGACAUUAAAACCAGGGUAAAAGAAUCUAAUUGGCUACUAGACAGCAUGAAGCGGAGAAUAGAAGAGUGGGAUGAAAUCCCCGUUAAUACAAAACCAAGGUUGGAAAUAAAAGCAUCCAAGAGUAUAGGAAUACAAACAGAGACGGAAGAAGAAGAAACUACAAAUAUGAAACAAGAAAUGAAAGUGGAAAUUGAAAAAGUACUGGGCACUGAGGAAGAUAACUACGAUAAGUUGACAAGUAUUAUAGAUAAGGAAUGGGCAGAAGAUAUAUAUAAAGUAACCGAAAUUGAAGAUGGUACCCUACAAAAUGCGACGAUAGAAGAAAACCUUGCCGUUAUAGUGGACCCAAACACAACGCCCGAGGACGUGAGAGUGGAACCGUUGAUACGGAAGCUUCCGGCUGCGAUGGCCCUUAUAGAGGACGGCCUAAGUGAGGGUCAAGUAGAAAUCAUGUCGAUUCAGACAGAAGUAGCUACGAAGAAAUGUAAAAAGGGAGUAAAGAAUACUAUUUUCGCACUCCCAAUACAAAUGGAUAAUAGUGGUAUAUGUGAUGUAAAAGUUGCAUACCAGCUAUGCAUGAAUCUUAAAGAACUAUCUGAGGAGCAAGGAGUAAAAAAUAUUAAAGUGGCAAUACUGGGACAAACAAACGUUGACUAUUGGAGAAAAUGUAUGGAGUACAGUUAUAGAGGUUUAAAAGGCAUUAGGAUAACGAUAAUUAAUAGAGGAAAAAAGAAAAGACGAAAAAGAACGGAAAGAAAUGAAAAGCCAGAAAACAUCUCUGAGACAAUUAUAGUAAAAUCCCAAGGAAAGUCGUACGCUGACCUAUUACGAACUGUAAAAAGGGACGUUAAUCUAGAAGAGACUGGAGUGGAAGUCAAGAGACUAAAAAAGACAAAAAAGGGAGAUCUUUUAUUGGAAGUUGAAGGAAAUCUUAACGCAAUGAAAUUAAAAGAGGCUAUAAACAAAAAUGUGGGAGAAGCGGAGAUGUUUCAGAAACAAAAUAACACCAUCCUAUUUAUAAACAAUAUAGAUGCAGUUAUAACAGAGGAAGAACUUAGAGAUGCGAUUAGGAAAAGCGAAAAUAACAUGGAGGAAGACAGCUUCAAAGUUAUAUCUUUGAGACAAACCAGUUACGGGAAUCAGUCCGCAACUGUGAGUAUGAAGAAGGAGUUGGCAGAGAAAUUUGUCAAAAAGAAAAUAAAAAUAGGAUGGGUAACGUGUGGAGUCAGGAAAAGAAUACAUGUGGAAAGAUGCUACAAAUGCCUAGGAUUCGGGCAUAAAAAGGCAGACUGUAAUGGAGAAGACAGAUCUAAUCUGUGUCUAAAAUGUGGGAAAACAGGGCAUAUUGCCAAGGAGUGUUCCAAUAACCCAUUUUGCAUUCAUUGUAAAACGGAGGGGCAUAGGGCAGAUCAGACGAGUUGUCCGAACUUUAGAAAAAUAAUAAGGGACGAAAAUAGGAAGGGAACUAUUCGGAGAAACACCUACAGAAGUAGAGUAGACUCCAAUAAUGAAGUGUUUGCAGACUAAUCUAGGAAGGGGCAGGGUGGCACAUAACCUAGCCUAUGCGUUGGCUCUAGAAAUAGAUGCUGACUUAAUAAUAAUUUCGGAGCCGAACAUUAGGAUAUCUGAUGGGGCGGAAUUCAUUAGAGAUAAGAACAAAGUGGUGGCUGUACAAAUAAUUAACAAAAACAUUGGAAUUGAGGGACACACAAUAGGUAAAGGAUACAUUAGUCUAAAAUUUAAAACUUUUCAUUUGUAUUGUUGCUAUAUAUCGCCAAAUAUUACGGUAGAAAUGUUUGAAAACUCAUUAGAUAUUAUCAUGAACGAUGCGCGGAGUUGUGGAAAAGAUACAAUUAUAGCAGGAGACCUGAACUCCAAAUCCCCAUUAUGGGGUGCACCCAUGUCAGACAGAAGAGGAAGUUAUCUAGCGGAUUGGGCAUCUGAGCUAAACCUUAUAUUCCUAAAUACUGGAGAUCCUACCUUUGAAAGAGGAAAUACACGAUCGCAUAUAGAUGUAACCUGUGCAUCACCGGGAAUAGCUAGUAAAAUAUUGGGGUGGCAAGUCCUCUCAGGGGAAUUCCAAACAUACCACAACCACAUACUAUACGAGGUAAAUUGUGGAGGAAAAAAAGUAAAAAAUAAUACAAACAGAAAGGCGAUGUUUAACAGGCAGAGGUUUUCACAAAAAAUGGAAACCGAACUUAAACCGAACUACGAUAAAGUAAGAGACUUAGUUAAGGAUGUAAAGAAAGCAGUGGAGGGGAGUACUGGCUCUAUUCAUGCAGAGAGAAAAAAAUUUCCAUAUUGGUGGAAUGAAAACAUAGAAAAUAACAGGACAAAAUGCAUUCGAAUCAGAAGAAAUAUGACCAGACUAAAUGAAAAGUAUGGAAGAGAAAAUGUAAGGUCUCUAGAAGCAAAAGAGGAG